GCGAAAAGUCUGUCAACCGUUACCAUGGCAUCCUACCUUGCUCUUUGCUCCACUCAUUCAGAAUCCAGCGCAUCACCUCAUUCCUCAAUCCCUCUCAGUACUCGACAUCAAUCUGACCUGCAAUAGCAAGUCGUGGGGGUUUUUUUCAUGGCCACAAUGGAGAAGCGUUUGCUGGACUCGUUUGUCCAGAUGCUGGCCACAAUUACUGCAUCCUUGCUUCAGCUAAUAAUAUACUCUUGGAAGGGUCUCUGGUCCAUGAUCCUAGACCGUAAUCUCGCGGAUCGUAUGACGAACGAACUCGCCCACUCUAAAAGCUUUGAAGAAUGGCUGGCAAAGGCCACAGAACUCGACAUUCUCACAGGAUCGGAUGUUUGGCGGAACAAUCACCGGUCAAAUGUCUACGACUACAAUCUAAUCCUUUCUCGAAGACAUCAUCUCAAGGUCGUCAAGGAGUCCAAGGAUGUCUCAGCGAUGAUGUACCUCCUCCGAUCGGGAUUACUGAGAAACUUGGGCGGAAUCACGGAUCCCAGGCUCUUCUGUCACUCCUAUCUGGGAACCAAACAUCUGAUCGAGUCAUAUAUGGAUGAGGUGGUCUCGCAACUCGAGCAUGUGGCCGAGACCAGCCAUACCGCUUUGUCCAGACAGGCCAAGAUUGACUUCUUUAUGGAGACGCGACAGAGCUUUGGAAGCUCAGCACUUCUCCUCCACGGUGGCGCAUCAUUCGGUAUGUAUCAUCUUGGAGUUGUAAAGACACUUUUCGAGCACGGUCUGCUUCCCCGAAUCAUCAGCGGCGCUUCUGUGGGAGCACUAAUGGCGGCUCUCGUUUGCGUAAAGACGGACGAAGAAUUACCGGGUAUAUUCGAGGAGGGUGGUAUCGACCUCAGUGCUUUUCAGCGUGUCGGUGUAAGGGGCAAUUUGAGCCGCAAGAUGACCCGCCUGAUGACUCAAGGAUACCUCAUUGACAUUAAAGUUCUGGAGGAUUGUAUUUACACAAAUGUGGGCAACUUGACAUUCGAUGAAGCAUUCAAGAGGACAAAGAGGGUUCUGAACAUAACUGUUCCGUCGUCGAGAAAGUCUGAAGGUCCCCAGCUCCUCAACUACAUUACGUCGCCAAAUGUUUUGAUCAGGAGCGCUGCCAGCACAUCAGCCUCGAUGCUGGGAUUUUCUUCUACAGCUGACCUGUUAGCAAAGGACAAGUCCGGCAACAUCAUUCUAUGGACGCCAUCAGCUGCCAACUAUACCAAUCCGAUCACUUCUUCUUUCUUCUCGUACGGAGCCGUUAGUCCUGAGACCCCCCUGACAAGGCUAUCAGAAUUGUUCAAUGUUAACCACUUCAUCGUCUCUCAAGCGAACCCGUACAUCGUCCCCUUCAUGUCUCGCGGGCUAAAGGAUCGAAAGUCUGGCGGAUCAGACCGGUUUGGGUAUUCUGCAGGAUUGAUGGAGAGAGUUGCAAGAGUCAUCCUCGUCGAGAUUAAGCAUCGGAUGGGUCAGUUGAAUCAAAUCGGCAUUCUACCGCACUUCUUCGUGCAGCUGGUGGAGGAGAAAGUAUCUGGAAACGUGACCAUUGUGCCGGAAGUGCAAUUGCAGGACUUUAUGACCUUAAUCUCAAAUCCCACACACAAAUCGAUCCAGUACUGGAUCCUCAAAGGCGAGCAGUCAACAUGGCCCUUUUUAUCCAUGCUCAAAUAUAGACUAAUGAUCGAGCUGGCUCUGGACAGGAUCCUGUUGCAGCUGCGAGCUGAGGCAUCCGCAUCUGCUAUUCAAGCCGGGAUCGAAGGCCAGCACUUUUCUGUAGGAACGAGGAGUGUGCAUCAUCGGAGGCAGAAAUCAGGCCCCAAAAGGCUGACACCACACUCAGUCUCCCCCGCAGUGACUAGGCGUGGAAGUAGCGCCAAUAUCGAAAGCAUGAAUAGAACCGUGAAUGGUAUGACUGCGCCGCUUCGACUCCUAAGGAUGACUAGCCACGUUCAGUCCGGAGAACAGGACUAUCUCAGCGCGACACCGUAUCCCCAAGGCCAGCAAGGCCACCAACGUCAGAAUGAGGCCCACCAGCACUUAGAUGCUGCCACACAUGAACUCCUGGAGGAUCCUGGUUUGAAUGAUCCUGGAAGACCAGUGCCGCUAUAUGAUCCCAAACGAUCCAAGUCGAUGCACUAGCUCAUCAUAUACAUUCAAGUCCUUUUCC